GAAGCGGUCAACACGGACUGGUGCAGCAGCAGCAAAUAAACCCUGCAAGAACUUCUACUUCUAGUAGUUCAUCUCCCUUGCAGAAGAUUCCGAGUCCGACCUCGCUGGAGGAAUUUAUUCCUCAUCCGGAUCAACAUCUUGAUGUCGCAGGUCCGUACCAGAUCCGAGAACUGUCGUCGAGCCCACUGGAACACGACUCUGUGAAAAUGAACGCUAUGCCUUGCAAAAAUGUCUGGGUCUGCAAGGUCGCAACCUGUCAUGCUGUUUUUGGAUUCUAGGAAAAUUUGUGUUGCAUGACCAGCAAGAGGGGUCCAGUUUGUGCUACACGGACAGGGCAUUUCUCAUGCGGAAGGCGCAUCAGGAAGCCCUCAGAAUGUCUGUGAUGCUAGGUCGUGCAUUACAGGCAUCAUUGGCCAUGAGAAAUAUGCAUGACAAAUCUAGCAUUCUUCCAGACCCAGACACUUUUGCAAUUCAUAAACGCUGGCGGGCCGCAUUUGAAGCAAUUUAGUAGAUCUUCGGGUCCUGCUGCCGGUGGUGCCACCAGUUGUAGUACCACGGAAGCUGCCCCUGCUCUUGCAAGAACCGGAGCUAGUACUUUUUCCGGGAUAAAAAAGACAACCGCUUCACCCACCUCGUCCCCCGUCUCCACCCAGGGCCAAGGAGUCCCGCAAGUGCCGCAGCUUCAUCGAAGCGGAAGCAGCAGCAGCUCCUUGUCGCGGAGCAGCUCGAAAAUCUCCUCUGUUGCGAGCAAAGAGCAGAGAAGUGGAG